AUAAUUUGAGGAUGUACCCGUCUUUUCCUGCUAGUGUGCAGCACUGCAGCAUGUACCCGUCUUCUCCGGUUCAACCGGAGCACAUGUCUCGGAUUGAUACGUCAACGCUCAACUGAACUGAUACAGCCGCCAUUUCUCCAUUCCUCUGUUGCUGACAGUGGAGUACCUUGCAUUUCAACUGCAAUGUCGAUCCCACAACGCCCACCUAGCGAGUCAUGGGACUGUAUGCUCCCGGGCCCACCUUCACGCAGCAAUGGCGGAUCCGCCGACCUCUCCACUACCGGCCUCUUUGCUUACGCCUCGGGAAGCUCUGUCGCAGUUGUUGAAACUCACUCCAUGCAGCUCAUCACUGCUAUCCCUCUCCCCCCGCCUUCCUCCUCCUCCUCCUCCUCCUCCUCCUCCUCCUCCGCUCUCUCCCCCUUCAUCACUUCCGUCCGGUGGUCCCCGCACCCGCUUCCUCACAUUCUCCUAUCCCCCGACGCGCCCAAUCAGCAUCUGAUUCUCGCCGUCGGUGAUCGCCAAGGCCGUAUUAGCCUCCUUGAUCUGAGGUCGAGAGCUCCACUUAUGUUUUUUGACACUAGUUCUAGUAGCUCUAGUCCAAAGCAGGGAAUCCAGGAUCUCUGCUGGAUCCAAACCGGUCCUGAUUCUUGGGCCGUCGCUGCUCUGUCCGGCGCUUCGUUUCUGAGCAUCUUCAACACUUCAACUGGACGUUGCUUCUUCAAAUACGACGCUUCCCCUGAGUACUUUUCCUGUCUCUGUCGCGAUCCCUUCGACUCUAGGCGUCUUUGUGCUGUAGGUCUCAAAGGCUUCUUGCUCUCGAUCAAAACCCUAGGAGAUUCUGAAAAUGAUAUUGCUACCAAAGAACUGCGAAUCUGCACAGAUACCACGGAAUUGCAGAAGUUAGAGAGGGAUUCAACUGCAGCUGUUAAUGGGUCACCCGCAUUGGCUACAUUUCCUAAUUACAUAGUGAGUGCUGCCUUUUCGCCUCACUGGAAGCACAUACUCUUUGUUGCUUUUCCCAGAGAGCUGGUGGUGUUUGAUUUGCAGUAUGAGACGUCAUUAUACUCUGCAGGGUUGCCCAGAGGUUGUGGGAAGUUCCUACAAGUAUUGCCAGAUACAAAUCUGGAGGUUUUGUAUUGUGUUCAUCUUGACGGGAUGCUCAGCAUUUGGCGAAGGAAAAAAGGAGAGCAGGUAUACACGAUCUGUGCUAUGGAAGAGUUGAUGCCUUCACUUGGCUCAUAUGUACCUCCUCCUUCAGUUCUUGGAGUUGUUAUCUGCCAAUCAGAUGCUACACUUCUGAAUAUCAGCAAGCUUUAUUCAGAUGGAUAUCCAUCCGAAGAAUUGGACUUUGACAAUCCAUUUGAUUUUUGUGAUGAAUCACUCGUAAUUUCUAGAACACCAUUAAUUUGUAUUUCUGAUGAUGGAAAAGUAUGGAAAUGGCUUCUUGCUGCUGAAGGAUCUGGAGAUACUCAAAAGGGUACAUCAAAACCCAGUGUUGCAGUGGAGGUUAGUAAUUCUAUAGUUCUGGAAGGAAAUCCUCAGACAUGUGUUUUACCGUCAGAUAGUGACACGUCAAAGAAAUUGAAUGGCGGGAUUAGCAAUAGUAGCUGUUUGUCAAAUGCUUCUAAACAUGACAAAGAGGAGACAUUCAAGAUUAGCCUAGUCGGGCAGCUUCAUCUUUUAUCUUCACCAGUGAGUAUGCUGGCUGUACCAUCUCCUUCUUUGACUGGUACUUUGGCACGUGGGGGGAAUUCUCCAUCUGUGGCAGUUCCUCUAGUUGCUCUGGGAACUCAAAAUGGUUCGGUUGAAAUCAUUGAUGUCUAUGCAAAGGCAGUAGCUUCUACUUUCUCUGUCCAUAAUAGCGUUGUUAGGGGAUUACGGUGGCUUGGGAAUUCUAGAGUGGUGACAUUCUCGUACACACAGGGAACAGAAAAAUCUAGUGGCUACGUUAAUAGGCUUGUUGUGACUUGUCUUCGAAGUGGACUCAAUCGAUCAUUUCGAGUUCUACAGAAGCCAGAACGAGCACCUAUAAGAGCUUUAAGGGCCUCAUCUUCUGGAAGGUACCUUCUAAUCUUAUUUCGUGAUGCUCCUGUAGAAGUUUGGGCAAUGACAAAGACUCCCAUUAUGCUUAGAUCAUUAGCUCUGCCAUUCACUGUAGUAGAAUGGAGUCUCCCAACAGUCCCACGCCCAUCAUCUAAAGAUCGUACAGCAGUGUCCGUCGAGACUUCUUCUCCAAAGGCAUCUCCAUUGGACUCUAAAUCUGACCCUGAUGGAUCACAAGAUGAGUUGUCUGAAUGCUUUUCAUUUGCAUUGGUAAAUGGAGCACUUGGAGUCUUUGAGGUUCAUGGGCGAAGGAUCCGAGAUUUCAGACCGAAGUGGCCUUCUUCUUCAUUUGCUGCAUCUGAUGGAUUGGUAACAGCCAUGGCCUACCGACAGCCUCACGUGGUUACGGGGGACAGGUCAGGGAACAUACGCUGGUGGGAUGUAAUCACCGGGCAGUCAUCUUCAUUUAACACACACAGGGAAGGAAUAAGGAGAAUUAAGUUCUCACCAGUUGUUCCUGGAGAUCGUAGCCGUGGGCGUGUUGCUGUUCUCUUUUAUGAUAACACAUUUUCUAUAUAUGACUUGGAUUCACCAGAUCCAUUAGCCAAUUCACUUCUUCAACCUCAGCUCCCUGGAACUCUUGUCUCAGAACUUGAUUGGUUGCCUUUAAGAACUCACAAAAAUGAUCCACUCAUAUUGUGCAUUGCUGGAGCCGAUAGCAGCUUUCGCCUUCUUGAAGUUAAUACAAGUGAUAAUAAUAAAGCAACAUAUUCCCCUGCGGUUCGACCAUUCAAUGAGAGAUACCGGCCAUCGCCUUUGUUUUCUCCUAUACUUUUACCUACAGCCCAUGCUAUGGCACUGCGGACGAUCUUACAGUUGGGUUUGAAGCCACUAUGGUUCAAUACAUUCAAUACAUCCAUGGAUAAAAGGGAUUAUGAUGUUGCUGAAAUGCAAUCAUCCUCUAGUGAUCUUUGCAGUUACAUGUUGCAUUCCCCACGAAUUGGUGAUUCUGUUGUGCCAGAGAUGCUUCUUAAAGUAUUGGAGCCUUAUCGCAGAGAAGGCUGCAUACUUGAUAACGAGAUCAGGAGACUCUAUGGGAGUAUAGUCAACAAAGGUUCUGCAGUAAGACUUGCUUUUUCCGCUGCAAUAUUUGGAGAACCAAUGGAAGCACUUUUCUGGCUGCAAUUACCUAAUGCCAUCAACCACUGGAUGAAGAAGUUGGGUAACAAGUCUCCAGUAAAAGUUUCUCAAUCAACUGCUCCAGAGCUUGAUGAGGAAACUAUGCUGAAUAGGAUAUCAUCAAAGGGGAAAGUUACCCCUGGAUCACAGGAAAGGAAUGAGGGUAAAAGCAAACUGAGAUUGAUGGCUUUUGAAGAAGAAGAGUUAUUGAAGUGUGCUAAUGAACGUAUCCCUUGGCAUGAGAAACUGGAGGGUGAGGAGGCUAUCCAAAAUCGUGUACAUGAACUUGUGUCUGUUGGAAACUUAGAAGCUGCUGUUAGCUUAUUACUGUCAACUCCUCCGGAGAGCUCAUAUUUUUAUCCAAAUGCAUUGCGUGCUGUUGCUCUUUCAUCAGCGGUGUCAGGGUCUCUACUUGAACUUGCUGUGAAGGUUGUUGCUGCAAAUAUGGUUAGAACAGACAGUUCAUUGUCUGGUACACACCUGCUUUGUGCUGUUGGGAGAUAUCAGGAAGCUUGUUCUCAGUUACAAGAUGCUGGAUGUUGGACAGAUGCUGCAACAUUAGCUGCUUCACAUUUACAAGGAUCGGAUUAUGCCAGGGUUUUGCAACGGUGGGCUGAGCAUGUGCUAUCCCAUGAACAUAACAUUUGGAGGGCACUUAUCUUGUUUGUAGCAGCUGGUGCAUUUCAAGAGGCACUGGCAGCAAUUCGUGAGGCACAACUACCAGACACGGCAGCACUGUUUAUUCUCACUUGCCGUGAAAUACAUGCUGACUUACUAUCCGGUUUGGAUUUUGACGGCAUGUCAUCGGAGAAGGAUAAAUUGGUUAGUUUGCCUGGACUGAGUCCUGAGAAUGAAGAUGCAAAUGCAGUUGUUGAAUAUUAUGGGCAAUACCAAAGAAGUUUAAUCCAUCUUUGUAUGGACUCACCGCCUUACUCCAACUAAGCAGACCUCAGAAUUUUUAGUUCCCUCCAGGGAGUAACGAUCUGAACACAUCUCAAAGUUUGUUGCUUUUCACCAUUGUCUGUGUUUUUUGGAUCUCUCUCUCGGAACUGAUUUUACUCCUAAAACUUGGAAUCAGAAUAAUUUUCUGGGGUGUUUGGCUACAAUUGAAAAUUCUUCCUCUCUUACUUUGUUAUUAAACUAUCAAAAGGAAGACAAUAUCUUUCAUUCUCUCUUGCUCUGUGUGUCAUCUUUACUUGUCACCCUUUCUUCGACGAAGAUGGCCGCUUCAGACAUCCAUGGGGAUUCUUGAUUAAUUAAUUUGUUACUAUCCGUCUGUAAAUUUUUGUUAUUAGCAUAUGUAAUUAUUUAUUAUACAUCUCAUUUGGAGAAUCAUUCUUAUACCGUUCAAAGUUCUAGCUUUCAAGAAUCUUAUCAUGCUUGCUGUUCUCUG